UUUGGGUUUAGUGUGUCUUGACGCAUCGCGCCGAUUGGAAAAGCCGCAAAAUCUUGUUUGCAACUAGAAAAGAGAAAAAAUGGUGUCUGGUGCUUGGCAUUUGGCGUGCUCGUAUAUCAUGGCUCCCUCACGUCUCCCCGGUGAAUUUCUGGAUGAAGAAUGCUGCGGUCGCGAUUGGCUUUCCGGUCGGUGUCAUACCGGCAUUGCAAACACGAGAUCCUAGCCAGAAAUCGGGGUUCCAUGGUGGGUUUGGCAGCAUUGAUAGACCAGCAGCAGAUACAUGUUUGUAUCACCUUUAUAGCGCCAUUUGCAACCCCCCCCUCUCCCUCCCUCCCUACAUCCCUUCUCUCUCCGCUGCCAAACAGACCACUCCAGAUGGGUUAACCGUACCACCUUUGACUCUCUCAUGUGACCCACUGAAUCCGUAUACGGCUUUUGAGAUGGGGUUAUUGCCAGCACAUGGCACCGGGGGCGAUGCAAACGGUGAAGAUGAAUAGUGUAGCCUGCUGGUUGGGGGGUGGAUGAUGAAAGACAGAGUAG